AUGUACGUUUUUCUGUCAUCGCUGCCACCACCACCAAAAGAUCUAGAGUCCCGUGAAGAUCACCUCAUUAGUCGCAUCUACUACAUCACAUCCGAGGGAGUCGAGCGCCUCCAAUCGGAGGCCAGUUCCAACGGUUGCAGGAGAAGCAAACUUGAGUCUUUCACAGCCUUUCAAUGGAACAUUGUGGCCAGGGGGGUGAUGACCAUAGCAAGAGAUGAAAGAUGGGCAUUGUGGUGGAUCAGGGAUAGAACAUUUUCUUGGGCUAGUCGAUUGGGUCGAUUUACAUCAACCAAAGCAAGUCAUAGUAAAGAGAGUAAUAUUUUACAGACCUAA